AUGUGUCCCAUGAAGUGAUCUCUCUUUGAACCUGACACCUACCUUUCUAAGCUCUUAGACUUGGAUUUAAUCAUCUAGGAGGUCUCUUGCAGCUCUAAUAAUAAUAACUAACAUCUAUAUAAUGCUUACUUUGAAUCAGUCUCUCUGCCAAGUGCUUUACAAACAUCUCAUUCCAUCCUCGCAACAACCUUUGGAGAGGUAGGUGCUCUUAUAACCCCCGUUUUUAUGAUGAAGAACCUGAGGCAGUCAGGGUCAAGUGACUUGCCCAGAGUACCAGAACUAAAAUGUCUGAGGCUAAUUUUGAACUCAGGUCUUUCUGACUCUAAGUCCAGUUCUCUGUCCACUGUACUACCUAACUAUUGGAUCAUAGGUAGAUUUAUUUUCUUCUGUUCUCUCCUAACCAUAGUCUCUCCACUCAUGGCUGUUUUCUCUCCCUACAGGUUAUAAACAUCAAAUGAGCUUCCCUUGCUUCAGAAACAUAUCAUGGAACUCUUACUACAAGACCUUCACACUCAGCUUCACUAUUACCAACAUGUUUUACACAACAAAGAUGAAUCAAAAGGACUCCAGAACAUUCGAGGCUGCUGAGCAUAUCCUGCAAAUCUUGCUCAAGGUAUUGUUUGGAAGCAGCAGGCUUGCCUCUCAGUAUUCUGGAUGCAGUGCCCUUUCACUGAGGUCUCUGAGGAACAGGAUAGCAACCGGAGUGGAUAUACUCUGCACUUUCAAGAAGUACUCCUCCAACCAUGUCCUGGACAAAAAGGUGGUUUACUGGGAGCUGACUGAACAGCUCUGUACAAGAAAGCUAAAACACCUGGUUAUAGACAAUGAUAGCCUCAUUGUGAAUGGGUAUCAACAUAAGCUGCCAGGAAUCAGAUCGACAAAGAGAAGUGAGGUUGGUGUAGGAGCUGUCACCCAUAUCCCCGACCAUGGAGCACCAGGAGACAUCAAGACAUCACUGACUAGUGGCCUCCUGAUUCGUGAAUCCAUUGUAUAUUCUAUAGGAUUCCCUACUGAGACUUCAGGGACACUGAAGAAAGUGAGUGGAUCUCACCAGGGAAGAGAACCAACAGACUCCAUCAGUAUCCCUAUGACUGGCUUUAAGGGGAGAGAUUCCAUUACAGACAUUGAAAGAGACAUAUGUGUCAUGGAGACAACUCUAAGAGCCACAGGUACUCAAGCCCCACUUCUCAUUGUGCACACUGGAGCAGGUGACCUCAUCCCUGGGAUGCACAGGAGAACUGUGUCCUCUCCCACUUCACCCUCAGCUCCAAGUGAGAUAUCCUCUGGAGUCACCAUUGCCAUUGCAAGGCCCUCACUCUCCAUGACUCCAGUAGAACCCACAGCUAGCCCUGGCUCCAGUGGUCCCUUGAACAUCAGCCUAUCUGGGACAAUUUUUUCUACACCCCUUGCACAAACACCUAGAGCUGAAAUAGCUCCUGGAGAGAGUUGCAGCACCCCCCCUUCUCUAUGGUCCACUUCAGUUGAUUCUUUCAAUACUGUUGGCUCAGCCCCAGGAACUGAAAUCACCUCCAUUGUGCCUCUAUAUUCACUUCCAACAGCCUCAAGUGCCACAGAAACCACACCAAAUCCUGAUUUGUCAGUGAGACCUAUCACACUAGAGCCAGGCUCAGCUGCCCUAACUUCCACUGCUCCCACCAUCAUUCCAACACUGUCUGAGGAAGACAUAAACACCUCACUGGUGUCUAUAGAAGGACCAACAGAAGAUAAAACAGUGUCCAGCACCUUCCCAGCAAAUGCAGACACCCCUGGUAUCACUCACAGGGAGCACUUCUUCACAGGUCCUAGAGUAACUUUUCAACCUGACAUGGCCUCUACUUCUCUGCCCAAUUUAUGUGAAGGGAUCAGUUAUUCCAGAAAUAUCCCCUCACCCUCUUUAGGGAGUAGGAAAAGCAGUGCCAUGAUUGGAGUCUGGACAAGCCCAGCUGAACCUCACACUGUGGAGCCUAAGAAGCCCACCCCUGCUGAGGGUUCCCUCUGUAUUGGACCAGUGACUGAAUUUAGCAGCAGGGAAAGUGGACAUAUAAAGAAUAGCUUGGCCUCUGCUGUGACCCUUAACUCUCCACUACCAAGCCCCAUUGCUUCUAGCAGCAUGGAUGUAGACUCAGAAAUGGCGUCAGGAUUAUCUCUCUGGACAGACAGCUCCUCAUCACAAGUAGAAGUCAGUUUUCCUUAUCUCUUUUCCACCACAGGAGAUGGACCCUCCCUGGGAACAGAACCUCACAAUCCCAUCCACGAAUCUCUGAGCCCAGGGCCAGGCUCCUUUCCUGCCUUAAGUACUCCCACAGCCUGCACAAGAACAGCUUCCCUUGAAACUGCUACUUCAUUGGAGGACCCAGGGCCAGCCAGCCUGACUCCAGAGACUGAGAGAAACCCACAGGCAACACCAACUCCAGUUAUCACCCUGCCUCCAGCCAGCACACAGGAAGUUUGCACAACAGCAUCUCCCAGUCCUUCUGACACAACCACAGAGGGCAACAGUGUCAAGUCAGGGACAACCUCUGUUUCUGAUCAAGUGCCUUCCACUUCCAGCCUCUUCCCAAGUAGUGAUGCUGGUGUGGUGCCAGCCACACAUGCCCAAGGCCAUGAAGCACCAGGAAGCACAGGAGCACUGAUGAGGAGCCCCCUGACAUCUAUGUGUUCUAUUAUGCCCACAGAAUUAAGCACAAGUCUGGCUUCCAGUAUGAACAUUUUUGACACCUAUUUGCCUGAUGAUACCAUUGCCCCAUCGGAUGACUCUUCAGAGUCCACAGUGACUUCAGUAUCACAACCCUCAUACUACAAGAUUUUCACUCUCGACUUCACCAUCACCAACAUGUUGUACAAACCAGAGAUGGGCGAAACUGGUUCCAGCACAUUCGAGGCCACUGAGCAUGUCCUGAAGAACCUGCUUAAGGUAUUGUUUGAAAGGAGCAGCCUUGGCUCUCAGUAUUCUGGAUGCAGUGUGAUCUCAUUGAGGUCUCGAAAUAAUGGGACAGCAACAGGAGUGGAUGUGUAUUGCAUUCUUAAGGAAGUCUCUGCCAGCGCUGUCCUGGAAAAAGAGAAAGUUUACUGGGAGUUGACUGAACAGCUCUUUAGAAGAAAGCUAAGCCACUUGAUUAUAGACAAAGACAGCCUCAGUGUGGAUGGGUAUAAUCGUAAGAUGACACUCUUCAGAUCCAGGAAGGGUUUGUUUAAACCUAAUAUCCACAAGGACAUGAAGCAGGAAAUGGAGAGGGCAGGAGAGACAAAGUCCCAAGUAUCAGCAGCAGGGAGCUCCAACUUGAAGACCUUCACCCUCAAUUUCACCAUCACCAACAUGUUUUACACAACAACGAUGAGUCAAAGGCGUUCCAACACAUUCCGUGCUACUGAAUUUAUCCUGCAGCACCUGUUCAAGGUAUUGUUUGAAAGAAGCAGCCUUGGCUCUCAGUAUUCUGGAUGCAAUGUGACCUUGCUGAGGUCUAUGAAUAAUGGGAAAGCAACAGGAGUGGAGGUUAUAUGUUCUUAUCAGGAAGUUUUAUCCAUCCCUGUCUUGGACAAAAAGAAGAUUUACCAAGAGCUGAGUCAACAGACUAAUGGAAUAACAAAGUUGGGAUCUUAUAUUCUAGAUAAUGAAAGCCUCUAUGUGGACGGGUAUAACCCCCAGAUGCCAACCCUCUCCACAAACAGGCCCAGUGCAGAAAGCAAGGGCAGGAUAAGGACCACAGAUAGAGAGCCAGAGACCAUAAUGACUACAACUUGUAGCCCUGCAGUAAGAACACACGCUGUUCUGGCAACAACAACAACCCCAACCACUACAUCUGGUAUUUCUGGUUUGGAAAAAAUCACUGUGCCUGCUUCCUCUGCCUUGCCAGAGACUAUGGUAGCACCAACUGCCUGGUCUGGAGUGGAGAUGAGCCCAUCUGAAACUAUGCUCAUUGCAGAGAUCUCAACCACCCUACCUGGGGAUGGGACAGGAGAAGGUGUUCCUUCCUACCCAGCUACCGUUGACCCCACAGCAUCAACCACAUUCUUCUCCUGGACCAAUGUGCCUCCAGCAGGGUCUAUAAGCUCCUCAGCCACAAGUCUUUCCAGUGUCAGUAGAGAAGAUCCAAAGCCAAUUCUCUCUCUGGACACAUCUGCUUCAGCGAUCACAUCCAUGGCUACUGCAAGGGAAGGGCUGGCCCUAACUGAGUCCACAGCCACAAUGGAAAUCAGUCGAGGAGCUGAGGCUGAGAUUCUGUCCACAAGUGGUUUGCCCAACAUCUCAGCUUCCCCUCUCAUUCCCAAAGAUAAAAUAUCCACCUGGGCUACCAUGACCACUAUUGCAGACACUGCAUCAGAGAGCCCCUACUUGAAGGUUUUCAACCUCAAAUUCACCAUCCUCAACCUGUUCUACACAACAGACAUGGGUCAAAGGGGCUCCAGCAAAUUCAACUCCAUUGAGGAUGUCCUGCAACCUCUGAUCAACAACUUGUUUAGAAAAAGCAGCUUUGGCCCUCACUAUUUUGGAUGCAAGCUGACUUUGUUAAGGUCUAUGAAGAAUAGGAUAGCAACAGCAGUGGAUGUCGAAUGUGCUUAUCAGGAAGAUUCCUCCACCCCUGUCCUGGACCUAGAGAAGAUUUACUGGGAGCUGAGUGAACAGACCCAUGGAAAAACAAGGCUGGGACCCUACAUUCUACAUAAGGAAAGCCUUUAUGUGGAUGGGUAUACCCAUCAGAUACCAACCACCACCACAAACACCUGGAGACCCAGUCUAGAGGCUUUCACCCUGAACUUCACCAUCACCAACCUGCUGUACACAGAAGACAUGGGGCAGAAGGAUUCCAUCAAAUUCAAGUCCACUGAAAAGAUUCUUCAGAAUAUGCUUGGCCCUUUGUUUGAGAACAGCAGCCUUGGUUCCAGUUAUUCCAGGUGCAAACUGACUUUCCUAAGACCUCUGAAGAAUCUGACAGUGACUGAAGUAGGUGUCACCUGCCUCUAUCAGAGUGAUUUCACUGGUCCCUUCCUGGAUAGAGAGAGGGUUUACUGGGAAUUCAGCAAUCAGACUGGGGGCAUCACUAGACUGGGGCCCUAUACCCUCGACAGGGACAGUCUCUUCCUCAAUGCUCCUAUCCAGACCACAAUCCCUUCAAGAAUUUCCUCAGCUCCUUCACUACUGACCAAUUCCUCAGCAUCUGGCAGUUUUAGCCUGAAGUCUUUCACCCUGAACUUCACAAUCAACAACUUGCUCUGCACAGCAGACAUGGGACGGCCAGGCUCCCAAAAGUUCAAAGCCACUGAAAGAGUCCUACAGCGCCUGCUCAGCCCCUUGCUUGAAAACAGUAGCCUUGGCUCUGACUAUUCUGGAUGCAGGCUGACCAUGCUGAGGCCCGUACAGAAUGGGACAGCAACCAAAUUCCUGUGUGGCCACUGGAAAACUCCCACCACCCCUAGCCUGGACAGGAAGAAGAUUUACCGGGAGCUGAGCAAUCAGACCCAAGGUAUCACCAGGCUGGGUGCCUAUACCCUGGACAAUAAGAGCCUCUAUCUCGAUGGAUACAGCUAUCAGAUGAAUCUUUCCUCCUCCACAAGUGCUGGAGGUCCCAACUUUGAGCCUUUCACACUGAAGUUCACCAUCACCAACAUGAGGUACACAGCAGACAUGGGGGAAAGGGGCUCCAGCAUAUUCAUCUCCACUGAGAGAGUGCUGCAGCGCCUGCUCAGUUCCUUGUUUGAAAAGAGCAGCCUUGGCUCUCAGGAUUUUGCAAGCAAAUUGACCUUACUGAGGCCUAUGAAGGAGGGAAGAGCAACCCUAGUUCAUUUCACUUGCAUCCAUCGGAGAGAUCCUGCCAGCCCUGUCCUAGACAGAGAAAAAAUUUACUGCGAGUUGAGCUAUCUGACCUGGAGCAUCACCAGGCUGGGCCCCUACACAUUAGAGAAGGAUAGCCUCUACCUCAAUGGUUACAAUCAUUUGGCCGUGGCCCCCACCAAAAUGCCACCAGACCCAGCAGUAGCACCUGGUUGUCCCCUGUGGGCCACAGAGCCUGGAGGCUCCCAAGCUGCUAGUUUAAGCUUCCAGUCUUUCACCACCAUUCCCGAGGUGCUGUACACAGAAGAUAUGCAUCUUUCUGGAUCUGACAAGUUCAACUUCACCAAAAGAACCCUGCAGCAACCUUUGAAGAAUGGCUCAGCAAGUGGAGUGAGUUGCCUGUGCACACACAAAAGAAACCACAGAAGCUCAUUCAGAGACCAAGAGAAGGUUUAUUGGGAUGCAAAAAGAGCAUUUCACUAAGCUGGGCUUUUCCUCCUCCCUUGAAAGAGCCAGUCUACUCAAUGAUGAGGAGCACAACAGAAUCCCCAGCCUUUUCCUCUAUCCCCAUGCUACUUUCCCCUCCUCCUGCUAAAUUUCCAUUCUGAUUCUGACCUUAAUGUUCUCUCAAAGAAUCAUUAUUUCUCAAUACCCUUUUAUUACACCAAACACAGAAAAUAAACCCGGCCCCUAUCUACUUUCCUGUAUUU